AUGCCUUCAACUGUCACCGAUUCUUCUUCUCCUCAACCAUCCGCAUCCAAGAUGGCCAACGAAAACAAGAACAGCGUCAAGAUUCUUGACGAGCUGAUGGCCAAGCUCACCAUCAGCAAGGCCCAGGAAGACAUCAACGCCGCCACCCACAACCUCGCUAUCUUCAUCAACGGCCCCAUCGAAGAGCACGAUGCUCCUACAAAGACCGUCAAUGCUCUAAAGAAGCAACUCACCAACAAGAAGGACGCCAACGUCCGGGAACGUGCUCUCAAUGCCAUCCAGGCAAUUGCGGACCAUGCCGAGACCUCACCUUCCGUCGAGCCAUAUCUGGUCGUCCUGCUCCCUUCAGUGCUCGCCGCUGUUGGUGACAAGAUCACCGCCGUCAAGGACGCAGCGCAAGUUGCCGCCCUCAGCAUCGUCAAGGCUGCCAGCGCCAAUGCCGUCAAGGCUCUCCUCCCUCCCAUCAUCAACUCCAUCCUCACCGCCCAAAAAUGGCAAGAAAAGAUCACCGGUCUCAAGUGUGUCGAGGCCCUGAUUGAAUCAGCACCCGCACAACUCGCAUACCGCGUCCCAGAUCUCAUCCCCGUCGUCUCCGAGUCGAUGUGGGAUACCAAGCCAGAGGUCAAGAAGAUGGCAUACGGCACAAUGGGCCAGGUCUGCGGUUUGAUCGUCAACAAGGAUAUCGAGCGAUUUAUUCCCGAACUCAUCAAGUGUAUCGCCAAGCCAGAGAAUGUCCCAGAGACAAUCCAUUUACUCGGUGCCACUACCUUCGUUACCGAUGUGCACGAGCCAACCCUCGCUAUUAUGGUUCCCCUUCUUGAUCGUGGUCUUGCUGAGCGUGAGACUGCCAUCAAGCGAAAGGCUGCCGUUAUCGUCGACAACAUGUGCAAACUUGUCGAGGACCCCAACAUUGUGGCCUCUUUCUUGCCCAAGCUGAUGCCCGGUCUUACCAAGAACUACGACAAUCUGGCUGAUCCUGAGGCUCGUGAGAAGACCCGACAAGGUCUGGAUACUCUCAUCCGUGUUGGUAACGUGAAGGACGGAAAGAUCCCCGAGGCAACUCAUCCUGGCUCUAUCCCCACCGUUUCCGCCGCCUUAACGGAGGUCCUUGCCUCUACAAAGCACAAGGACGUGGUCACCAAGUUCGAGCCUGUUGUCGAAUACAUCUCCGCUCUUGCUGGUCAACUCAUUGACGAGAAGGAUGCCGAUUCAAUCAGCUGGACUCAAAGCCUCAAGCCUUAUAUCGCUGCCAUCUGCGGUGAGGAGGACGCCCAAAGCAUCGUCGAUGCUUUCCGAAAGCGCGCAUCACCCGGCGCUGAGGAGGAGGAUGCUGAGGAGGCUGACGAUGAGGAAGGCGAGGAUCUUUGCAACUGCACCUUCAACUUGGCGUAUGGUGCCAAGAUUCUCCUCAACCAAACACAUCUACGUCUUAAGCGUGGCCAACGUUAUGGUCUCUGCGGUCCUAACGGUUCCGGAAAGUCCACUCUCAUGCGCGCUAUCAACAACGAGCAAGUUGAGGGUUUCCCCAGAAAGAGCGAGGUCAAGACUGUCUUCGUUGAGCACGAUCUUGAUUCCGCGGAUACUGAACAGACUACAAUUGCCUGGACCAUGAAGAAGCUUGCCGAGGUCGGUGUCACGACCACCCAGGAGGAGGUCGAGAGGCGAUUGGAGGAGUUCGGCUUCACUCCCGACAUGACAGCUAACGAGAUCACCGCGCUGUCUGGUGGCUGGAAGAUGAAGCUGGCUCUUGCCCGUGCGGUCUUCGAGGACCCCGAUAUUCUCCUCCUCGAUGAGCCCACUAACCAUUUGGACGUGAAGAACGUUAAGUGGCUCGAGGAGUACCUCCAAAACUCCCCUUGCACAUCCAUCAUCGUCUCCCACGACAGCGGUUUCCUCGACAACGUUUGCCAGCACAUCAUCCACUACGAGCGCUUUAAGCUCAAGAGAUAUCGUGGUAACUUGAAGGAGUUCGUCCGCAAGUGCCCAUCUGCCAAGUCAUACUACGAACUUGGUGCCUCCGAGAUGGAGUUCAAGUUCCCUGAGCCAGGUUUCCUCGAGGGUGUCAAGACCAAGGCUAAGGCCAUUGUUCGUGUCAGCAAGAUGAGCUUCCAAUACCCGGGAACUCCCAAGCCUCAGAUCUCCGACAUCAGCUUCCAGUGCUCGCUUGGCUCCCGUAUUGCCGUCAUUGGUCCUAACGGAGCUGGAAAGUCUACUCUCAUCAACGUCCUGACUGGUGAACUCAUCCCAACCUCAGGUGAUGUCUACACCCACGAGAACAUCCGUAUCGCCUAUAUCAAGCAACAUGCUUUCGCUCACAUCGAUCAUCACUUGGAGAAGACUCCUUCAGAGUACAUCCAGUGGCGUUUCCAGACUGGUGAGGAUCGUGAAACCAUGGAUCGUGCCAACAAGAUCGUCACCGAUGAGGAUGAGAAGGCCAUGGACAAGAUCUACAGAAUCGAAGGAUCCCAACGCCGUGUCAUUGGCAUCCACUCUCGCCGCAAGUUCAAGAACUCUUAUGAGUAUGAGUGUUCGUUCGCUCUCGGUGAGAACAUCGGUUUGAAGAACGAGAGGUGGAUUCCUAUGAUGACUGCCGAUAACGCCUGGAUUCCCCGAACUGAGAUCUUGGCUUCUCAUCAAAAGAUGGUUGCUGAUGUUGAUCAGAAGGAGGCUUUGGCCAGCGGUCAAUUCAGACCCUUGGUCCGAAAGGAGAUUGAGGCACACUGCGCCCACUUCGGUCUCGAUGCCGAGCUGGUUUCUCACUCGCGUAUGCUGGGUCUCUCAGGUGGUCAACGUGUCAAGGUCGUCCUCGCUGCGUGCUCGUGGCAACGACCUCAUUUGAUCGUUCUUGAUGAGCCUACCAACUAUCUUGAUCGUGACUCCCUUGGUGCUCUCUCCAAGGCCCUCAAGUCAUUCGAGGGUGGUGUUAUCAUCAUUACCCAUUCCGCCGAGUUCACCAAGGACUUGACUGAGGAAGUCUGGGCCGUCGUUGACGGAAAGAUGACCCCGUCAGGCCACAACUGGGUGUCCGGACAGGGCUCUGGACCUCGUCUGAAGGGUGACGAUGACGAGGAGGAGGAGAAGUUCGAUGCCAUGGGCAACAAGAUUGUGUCGACCAAGAAGGCCAAGAAGCUCACUUCUGCCGAACUAAGAAAGAAGAAGAAGGACCGCAUGGCCCGGAGAAAGAGAGGCGAGGAGGUUUUCUCGGAUGAGGACGAUUAG